AUGAUCGUGAGCGAACUACCUGUUGAACAGCGAACUCUCAUUGAGAAUCUGCAAAAGGACAUUUCGUCUUUGUACCAAUCGUUCUCUAAUGCCUACCUCAAUGAUUGGGAAAUACAAGCUAAGGUGCCUGAUAUAGAGAAUGCUCCCGAGACUGUUGAAAAGGUUAUCGAAGGUUGUAAUAGUGGCGGCGUCGAGUCUACGGCACGCUAUUACCCCGUUGAAAGUGACUAUUACGACUGGCCGUUACAGCAACGAGCUUUUCGCGUCACGGCUCCUUCGAAAGAGCAUAUGUGCAAGAGUGUAGUCAUGGAGAACCGAGCAUAUUCUGCUGAUUACACUGCUCCUGUGAAUACACAGAAGCUUAUGAAUCAAAUCCGAGAUUUGUCAGGCAGGGCAGCAGGCAAAAAGUACUAUAAUUAUCGUGUAGCGCAGUCCGAGGUAAAAUCGCUUGAGCUUACUGGUUUCAAAUCAGGCGGUGUCUGCCCAAUUGGCACUACUACACGUAUUCCAGUUAUCCUCGCUGAAUCGAUUACUAAGCUUGAUGUACGUCCUCAGUUUAUAUUUUUGUUAAAUAUGAGCUUUUUAUGA